AUGAAGUGCACAGGCGACUCCACCCUCUUGGGGAAGACUUUGAGGUACUGCAUACCAAAAAACACUGGCAAACAUCACUGUCUGGCACUGCAGGGUUUCGGAAGUUUCAAGAAAACUCCAACGUACACCACGGGAGCAUGUCGACGGCAACCCGCCCGGACGCUUGACGCACAGCCCGACCUCCGCCGACCCAGCCAAACCUUCUCGUCUGCCGACGUCAAAUUGGCAGAUUUGCAGCCAGGGGGUCGGCGUGGUCGGGGCUUUGACCCAUGUCUACCCAGUGGGGUGGGGGUGGUCCGACGAUGUCCCGCCGUCAACUGGGAAGUCUCUCAUGGGGCUCUCCUGGCCUGCGAUUAUGGAUUCUCGAUUCUUGUCGCAAGCCUGCCCGGUUUUUGCGGACCUUCAGGUGGGACGACGACAUCACGCGGUUGGGCCGCCCGCAUGGGUGAGACCUGCGCUGUCAACUUCGGAUGGGGUUCCUCCGGUACCGGGAUCCGACGGGUCAAAUCGGAUCAAACCUGGACAGGCCGGAUGUUAAUGCCUCGGAUGGCUAUUGCUAGCUCUUCAGGGCUGAAAUAUCCGACGGAUCAUUUUCAUUGUAGGUAG